AUGGGAAAUCAGCAUAUAAAGUUUAUAUUACCAAAUGCACCAAGACAACCGGUAUCAUUCUUACAGGGUGCUGUAUUACCAUCUUGGUUCGACAAUACAGAGUUGUCGGUGAGAGGUAUCAUUAAAAAAGAAGAUAUUGAUAAAUCUAAAAAUUUAAUCGACAGAAUUAUACAAUCGGAAUUGGAUCAAGGAGUUGUUUCAAAUGAUAGAAUCAUGUUGGUCGGUUACUCUCAAGUGGUCUAUCAGCCUUUACUCUUGACAUACUCACACAAAUAUUUCCUCACAUCAGGUGGUGCACUUGUGAUCUAUACAUUCUAUAUGUCAAAGUAUCGACUUGCAGGAUGCCUUACAUACGGUGGUAUCUUACCGAUGCACAAUGAUUUCGCAAAGCUUUUACAACCUGCCAAUGUGAACCAACCAUUACUAAUGCUUCAAGGUACAGAGGAUGAAGUUAUUCCAGCCAGUGAAAUAUUACCAUGUUACACUCCAAUUUAA